CGUUUCAGUGCUAGGGCCGUGUUCUCUCUCAAGCAGGCUUCAAUUGCAUAACUAUUGAAGCUCUCUCCCCAUGCCAUUGAAUUCUGCAGCAAUGGCGAGUACAGAAGAAGCCAAGCUCCAACACUUCCUUCAAUGGCUACAGUUGAAUAGAGUUGAAUUGCGUGGUUGCGAGAUCAAGUACUGUGAUUCCAACAAAGGGUUUGGUAUAUUUUACGCGAAUGACGCUUCAGAUGGGAUUCCACUUGUGGUUCCGCUAGAUUUAGCCAUAACUCCAAUGAGGGUGCUGCAAGACCCAUUUUUGGGACCAGAGUGUAGAGCAAUGUUUGAAGAAGGAGAAGUGGAUGACAGGUUAUUGAUGAUAUUGUUUCUAACUGUGGAGCGCCUCCGUAAGAAUUCUUCUUGGAAACCGUAUCUCGAUAUGCUUCCAACCACUUUUGGGACUCCACUUUGGUUUAUUGAUGAUGAGUUCAUCGAGCUGAAGGGUACAUCGGUACAUCGGGCAACUGAAUUGCAGAAGAAGCAGUUGCAGUCUCUAUAUGAUGAUAAAGUGAAGGAUUUGGUGAAAAAACUUCUAAUUCUUGACGGGGAUUCAAAAGGCGAGGUGCAUUUUGAAGAUUUUCUCUGGGCAAAUUCCAUAUUCUGGACACGUGCUUUGAACAUUCCUCUUCCACGCUCGUAUGUAUUUCCCCAAAUCCAAGAAGAGCAAAAUAGUUGCAUUCCAAACAUUAUUAAAGAUUCUGGAGCUUUCACUGAUCAAAUUUCUAGUGGAAACUUGGUUAGUGGGAUGGAUGAGAAAAGCACUGAUGUUCAUGGGUUUGAAAGCCAAGUCAACAGAGGGACUUCCUCUUCAAUGCAAGAAGAAAUCCUCUGGGUUGAGGGUCUUGUCCCUGGCAUUGAUUUUUGUAACCAUGAUUUGAAGGCAGCAGCAACUUGGGAAGUUGACAACACAGGAUUGAAAACUGGAGUUCCUUUAUCUAUGUACCUUCUCUCUGUUGAACAAAGUCCGUGCCACAUGCAGAAAGAGAUAUCCAUUAGUUAUGGCAACAAAGGAAAUGAGGAGUUACUGUACCUGUAUGGAUUUGUCAUUGAUAAUAAUCCAGAUGACUAUCUCAUGGUCCAUUAUCCAAUGGAGUUAUUUAAGAAUGUCCCUUUUUCUGAAUCCAAAGGACAGCUUCUUGAAGCACAGAAGGCUGAAAUGAGGUGUCUUUUACAUAAAACUCUGCUAGAUCGUGGGUUUUUUCCAGCGAGCACCCUAAAAAAUGAACAGAAUGGUAAGUCCACAGAUCAUCAGGUCUGCAACUAUAGUUGGAGUGGUCAACGCAAGACACCUUCUUACUUAAAUAAGCUGGUCUUUCCUGAGGCCUUCUUAACUGCCUUGAGGACAAUAUCCAUGGAGGAAGAUGAGCUUUCUAGGGUCUCAUCACUGCUGGAAGAGCUUGCUGAAUCUGGAGGAAGGCAACCAUUGGAUUCAGAAACUCGAGCAGCAGUAUGGGAGGCUUGUGGAGAUUCAGGGGCUUUACAAGUGCUUGUUGAUCUUCUUAAUGUGAAGAUGAUGGAUCUUGAAGAGGGUUCUGGAACUGAGGACAAUGAUACUGAACUACUUGAGAAGGCCCUCAUGACUGAAAUUCCAGAACAGCACACAAGUGGGACAGAUAGCUGCAUUCCACACAAGAUGAGCAGAAACAGAUGGUCAAGUAUAGUAUACAGACGAGGGCAAAAGCAACUGACCCGUCUUUUCCUCAAGGAAGCUGAGCAUGCCUUGCAAUUAUCGUUGAGCGAAGGCAACUGAGCAUCAGUUGAUGCCCCUAUUUUGUUUCAGAUUUUGUGGUAGGAUGAUGUAUUCUUUGAAAACCAUCCCUUGUUUAAUGUCAUCUCUUCAAGGGUGCUUUUCAAACUCUUUUCUUCCCUCAUUUGGAAUUACAUGAGGCAAAAACAAACAUUCUUUAUCACCAGUUUGGAUCUGAAAAAUAAAACCCAUGGCCAGUCUACUAUUCUAGCA